AUUUAGAAGGUGAUUGGCCAGAUCUGGCCCCUGGGCCUUAGUUUGCCUACCCAUGGUCUAGCUUCACCUUUUUGGACCAGUUGGAAGUUUCUGGGCACUUUCAAAGGCAGCCCAACACAGAGUAUGUUAACAGUAAUCCACACAGGGAUGCAACUAAAGUGUGCGCCGCUAUGGCCAGAUCAGUUUUAGUUCCCUGAUGGAAGCCCUGCCCAGUCUCUGGCAGCCAAAAGAGGCCAGUAGUCCUGCAUGGCUGAAGGCUGGUGGAGUCCUCUGCCUGCCUGCCACCCUCCCUGCCCGUGGAGCAGGUUCACAGAGGCUCCCUUGCCAGGCAAGGCCCUUGCGAGGGAGCCUCUGUGGCUGCUACUUUGCUCCCUGGGGGGACCUGAGGUGAGAAGGCUCCUGUCCCUUCCAUCUUGCAACAACAGCCUGAGAUUCACCUAACCCAACGGAACGGCUAAGCUCUCUAUUUCUGCCGGGUAAGAGGGUUAAAGAGGCAGAUUUGGCUCCUGACAUAAUCAGGCAGAAAGGCAAGUGGAGGGGAAAGGAGCACCAUCCCCCCACCCCAGGAAGGCCAAUCGCUGGUCCCAAGGAUCAAAGGUGGAGGCAGCGGGUUGCCAGUUGGCCAAUCUCAGCCUCUCAACUAAUUGGCUUUCUCUUUGCAACCGCUUUCUGGAGAGCAGGCUCCACCUGGUCCCAGGGAUGCGCUGCUGAGCAAAGGGCUGGGCCCACGGAGCCAGGAGCAGAUGACUGGGGGACGAGGGCAGGACGUCCAGCCGUUCCCUUGGGGAGCUGGGGGCACCGGGAACAGAGGAGGAGGGAUGGUGCCAGGCUACUGCAAGGCCCAGAUUUGCUGCUGCUGCGGCCCAGCCCCUUGCACCUUGUGCUGCCCCUGCUGCCCCGGCAUCAAGGUCUCGACGGGGACCCGGCUCCUCUACAUGCUCUUCCACAUCCUGGCCUGUGCCAGCUGCUGCUUCAUGCUCUCCCGCACUGUGGCCGAAGCCAUCAAGGAGAACGUGCCUUUCUAUGCAGUGCUGUGUGAACAUCUUCCUGGGGGCAGUGACUGCGACAUCCUGGUGGGCUACUCAGCCGUCUACAGGGUCUGCUUUGGCACCGCCUGCUUCUACCUGGGCCAGGCAGCCUUCUUGGUCAACAUCAAGUCCAGCAGCAACGUCCGUGCCCUCUUGCACAAUGGGUUCUGGUUCCUGAAGCUCCUCAUCCUUGUGGGGCUCUGCGCAGCCGCCUUCUUCAUCCAAGACCAGCGCUUCCUCCGAGCCUGGCACUUGGUUGGUGUCUGCGGAGGCUUUGCCUUCAUCCUGGUCCAGCUGGUGCUGAUCACAGCCUUUGCCCACACCUGGAACAAGAACUGGCUGACAGGCGCCUCCACGAACAAGCGCUGGUACCUGGCUAUCUUCCUGGCCACACUGGGCUUCUACACCAUAGCCUCCACUGCUUACACUUUCCUGUACAAAUUCUACACCCACCCAGGCGGCUGUUUCCUCAACAAGGGACUGCUGGCCUUCAACGGUGCCCUGUGCCUCCUCAUGUCCUUCAUCUCCAUCACUCCCUGCGUCCGCCUGCGACAGCCAAGCUCCAGCCCCUUACAGGCCUCCAUCAUCUGCUGCUACGUCAUGUACCUGACCUUCUCCGCCCUGUCCAGCCGGCCACCAGAGAAAGUGCAGUACAAGGGGCAGAAUCUCACCAUCUGCUUCCCCAGUGUGAGCAAGGAUGGGAUGCAGACUGAGGACACAACGGUGGCUAUCCUGGGGGCUGGGGUCAUGUACGCCUGCGUCCUCUUUGCCUGCAAUGAAGCAUCAAUGCUCGCUGAGCUGUUUGGACCUCUGUGGAUGGUCAGGAUCUACAGCUUUGAGUUUAAGAAGGCAUCCUGUUUCUUCUGUUGCCCUGAUAAGAUGGAAGAGGAGGUAGCAGGGCAGAGAGGUGAGCAGGAAGGGUCCCCAGUGGAGCAGCAGAUUGUGCACGGCGACCCUGUUGUCUACAGCUACUCCACCUUCCACUUUGUCUUCUUCCUGGCCUCACUGUACGUCAUGAUGACUCUCACCAACUGGUUCAGUUAUGAAAAUGCGGUGCUAGAGACCACCUUCACUCAUGGCAGCUGGUCCACCUUCUGGGUUAAGGUCUCUUCUGGCUGGGCCUGUGUCCUCCUCUACCUCUGGCUUCUGCUGGGCCCACUCUGCCUCCCAGGCUCGCGCCAACGCAACAACACCCCCCUGCGUGUCUUGCGGCGUCAGCGGCGCAACCUUCACCGCAUCAGUGUUGCUACGUAGCUGCUGCUGCCGCCACUGCCAAAAGGGCCUGGAGGCUCUUUUGCCACAGCCUGCCGUGGGCUCAGCCGCCUGCCAC